AUGCCGCCAGCUGCUGCGGAACAGGGAGUCCCAGCCCCACCGGAGCCCGAUCUCAUCAGCCAGCAGCCCUACACAUUUGCAUUAAAAGGCUUCCCGCUCCGCCUGCUCCCCCUGGCCGCGUGGAAGCCGGUCCCCCCGGCCCACCCACCCCAGCCUCGCCGGGCAUCCUGCCCCGGGGAGGGUGCCAAGAUGGCGCCUCAGCCGCCCCGUCAGCCUGAGGAAGCCCCCUCGGGUCAGACUCUCCGAUACGUUCCCGAAAGCUCCCAAGACAAAAUUAUCUCUGAUGAAGAUGUCUUUGAAACGCUACUGAAAGUAUUUAAAGCUCUGUUCAUAAAUGACUUCAGUAGACACACACAUAUUUUGGCCUUACUUCCAGAAAUCAAAUGUAAAUAUCUGGAAUUACUGACUGUUGAGCAGAAGCGAUCAAAAGUAAAUUCAUGUAACCAUCAGAGUCAACAUGUGUUUAGUCCAGAGGAAGUUCUGUUGAAUACACUAGGGUUUGCUAUUAGUCGAGACCGAAGUUCCCUGGUGUCUGCUGGAACUGGAGUCUUUGUUACCAAAGGCUUUGUACCGAAAGGGACAGUUGUAUCUAUGUAUCCUGGUACAGUAUACAGAAAGCAUGAGCCCAUCUUUUUCCAGUCCCUUGGCAAUCCCUUUAUUUUUAGGUGCAUAGAUGGUGUCCUUAUUGAUGGGAAUGAUAAAGGACUAUCAAGAUCAGUGUACAGGUCUUGCAGCAGGAGAGAUCAACUUGGCCCAUUUCAAAUGAGUGAUGAGAGCUGGCUCACAGCUGCCCUGCAAAACCCACUGGCGAUGGGACAGUAUGUCAACAACUGCUCACAUGAAAAAGCAGCCAACGUGUGUUAUCAGGAGUUUGAUGUGCCGGGAUACUUUCCAGUAGAACUGAAACAGUAUCUUCCAAACAUCGUCUACAGCCAUGACAUAGAGAGCUACCUGAGGUGUGUAGUGCUUGUUGCUCUCCGAGACAUCAAGCAAGGAGAAGAACUUUUUUCUAACUACUACACUGUUGUCGGCUGAAUAAUAGAAGAAAUCUGUGUCAUUAAAAUACUUACUUUGUGUGUACUUCAAGUUUUGUGAGCAUUUUUACAUAAUGGAGGGCUGUAGUUUUACCAUUUAGACAGCAAGCUGCAGGCUUGGGUUUCCCUGAAAAUACUCCACAUUUGAUGCAGGGGUGAAGGUUUAACCAUUUACAUUAUUAGCUUCUCAGCUCUCUGCUGUUGUUGAUAUUACUGCUCAUCAGUGUUCAGCUGUCCAUCCAAAAGCUCAUAAAAUAAAAACCUAAGUUCCGGACAUGUCAUUUAAUCUUCAGUUUGCACAGCUGUCUGUAACUUGUGGCUCAGUUUUAAUACUUUGCCAUUUCACAUCUUGUGCUUACAGUAGACACAAUUUUUAAAAGUGACUUCCCUCUCAUGAACUAUUCCUUGGAUAAUUGUCAUAGUUCAUGGUAAUUACUAGUUCUUUUUUCUUGGAGUUGGUCCCUUUGGUAUCUGCUUCCUUUUAGAAAGUAUUUCAGUGUAGCCAGUUGUCCAAAUCUUUUAUGAAGCUGGUUUUGGAACAAUGCUAAUACAUGCUUCAGGUGUGCCUGCAUGGUGCCCUGUCAUCAGGAGGCCAGCUUGAGCCACUGGCUUUAUCUGAGCCUGUCUUGGGGUGGGAGGAAAAAAGGUCUGUAUCUUGAAGCCCUGUUCAAUCCUAGUUUCAGUGGUUCAGUGAAAGUUUCCUGGCAUGUGGCAACUUUCACAGCUUUUAUUCUCAAGGAGAACCUCAUGUUGCAGUGUAGCUGGAGGAAAUAAUGCCAGCCAAGUGUGCUGUGUAUUUUUUUAAUGAGUUACUGGCAUAAACAGAGCCAGCCAUUCCCACAUUAAUUCUUGCUGCUGUCUGCAAACUGCCUUCAGAAAGUAAACAGGAGACAGCUUGUCAGUCUUUCAGUCUCACUAAACAGCUUGGGAAAAGCAAAAUCAUCCCUGUGUUUACUUCAAAAGUCCAAGCAAGCCUCCCAAUGAAUUUGUGGUUGGCAUAAGCUGAUGAGAAAGGAGAGGCUGGGAAAUGGUGCGCUCUAACAAAUCUGGUAGUGGUUGGGGCAGCCAGGGUGCCCUGCUUAGCUGCAGAAGCAUCUCGUCUCCUUUUCAGAACGCAAAGCUUUUCGGUGUCUAUGUGAACUUGGUCUCCUUCCAAGCCUGAACCUUGUCUUUCAUAUUCAUCUGGAAGUCCUUCUCAGCCAGAGAAGGCUGGCUUUUUCAGGAAGAUUUAAAUAGCAGAGCGAUGAGACAGUGGCAAGCAGCUCAGCGUGGGUUGUACAGUUCUAUGAAGAUGCUGGGGACAGCUUUUAGUGGCCCCUUGUGUCUUCACGGCGUGGUAACAGAUCAAAGCAGGCAGCGAUCUGCGGUCUACUGAAGAGGAUGCUCAUCCUCUGUCACUCUGAGGAUCCCUUCUCUCCUGAGCUGGGCCUUCUCACCAGCUCUCUCUGGGAGGAGGUUGUUGGGCAUCUUGAUCUCUGAAGAGGAGGCUGGUUGUUGGGCUGCCUGCAGCAUUGCUUAGCUCAUCAGGCCAGGGUUUAUGGGUAGGUGGAGAACCCUAGUCUCAGCAUGCCAGGAAAGGGAGAUCCUGUUCAUGUUCUCCAGGCUGAGGUGCUGUCACACAAGGGCAUAGAUUACUGCAGCUGUCUCAUUAUAUACUUGUUAAUAAUGACCGGAUCUGAAAGUAUGUUCCUGUCUGACGACUGUGGAACUUAAGUUUACAACCCAUCUAUUGAGAAAGCUUUGCUUUACUGCACCUGCUGCCUCCUGGAUGUGAAUGUAGCAGGUUAAUGAAGGAGUGCAGCGCUGAAGCGCAGGCUGCCUAUCAGUAGCAGGGCACCUGUGACUGGCUUCUCCUUGCUGAAAUACUGAAACCUGACAGCCUGCUUCAGGGACUGCUCACAGGUGAGGGAAAGCAAGUGGCCUGCAGCUGGCAGCAGCAAUUGAUUUCUGUCUGCUGGUGGCUACAGAAAGCCAAAAAGUAGCAGGAGGAGGAGGAGGUUGUACUUCUGAGCAAGCAGCAGCGCAACAUGGGCACUGAGCAGGAGAAAGGAAAAUGGAAGAGUAGUAAUAAUGGUCCAGUAACAUGCUACAGCCUAAGAGAGGGCUUCAGGUAUAUCAGACUUCUUGUCGUCUUUAGAUCCCUGUCUCUUCACUGAAGGUGAAAGUCAUUCUAAUUCCCUGUGUGUCCAU